AUGUCUGGAAGACGCGAGGAGGGAAUUCACGCUGCUGCUGAGGGAAAUUCGGCGGCUGAUGCGCCGCAGGGACGGCGGUGGGGGAGGGCGGGGCCCGGCAGCGGCGACUCGAAUCAGCGACCCGCAGCGCGGCGCCCGAGGUGGACCCUCGACAGUUCGGUGGAGGAAGUGCUGCUGGCGGGGAGCGUGCGCGUCGAGGAGGCGAGGCUGAACGACUUCCUCUGCAGCGAAUUGGGCGGCAGAGGAGUUGCGGAGGCCAACGGCAAUGUGUCGAUGGGGGAGUUUGUUCUGGAGCCAGGCAAGUACAUUACAAGCUGUAAUCUUCUCCAUGACGUCAUCUCUUUGCCGACGUUUCGGGCGCACGCUUUUCGUGAAGCUGCACGCGCGCUUCGUGGGAGAGGGGUGUUCUCCCUCUGGGGGUUGUCGGAAAGAAGUUGUCGGGGCGACAUUAAUUUUUGGGCAAAAAGAAAAGUCUUUGCAGCCCUUGACGAGGCGGUGGAGCAAGAGUACGGGCAAAGGCGAGAAGAGAAAAGACAAAACCGUGAAGAAGCAUGGAAAGGACGGGAAGAAGCUCGGAAACGGCGGGAAGGGAAGCAAAGGGCGAAACUGGAAGAGGAAAGAGCGAGAGCGAGGGCGAUAGCGGAGGCGAGGGCAGAGGAGCUGAAGCAGCUGUCGCACUUCACCACCGCCAUUGAGGUGGAGGACUUACUGCUGGCGGGAAGUGUUCGCGUCGGGGAGGCGAUGCUGAACGACUUUAUUCGGAGUAACUUUGGCCCCGGCAAAGGCGUGGAGGAGGACCGCAACGUACCGAUGCGUGAGUUUGUUCGCGACCCGGGCGAGUACGUUGCGGACCCGGCGCUGCUCGAGGGCAUCCUCAGGCUGCCGGCGUACCGGCUUUGUGCGGAGGCGCGCCAGCACUGA